GCGUAAUGAUGAAAAUAGGCUUCUAUACUCUUUUGCCCCUUUCUCCCAUACUCCAUGCAACUUGAACACACCACACAUUCCAAUUCGCUUCGAACCCCAUUGCACACAUGUCAGAGUCUUACAGCAUCAUCAAGCCCGUUGGGUUUACCAUCGCCUCAUGCGGUUACUGUGGAGGCGAGAGUUCGGCCCAUGUCUACGGCGCAUUCGCCUACAGAUUGACGUGCAAGGACUAUCAAGACCUUUUGGACCAGGGCUGGCGACGGUUCGGCCUCUAUCUGUACCUGCCGAACCUCAGAGAUAGCUGUUGUCGCCAGUAUACCAUUCGUCUAAACACAUCCAAGUUCACACCGUCCAAGGGCCAGAGACGGACUGUAGCCCGACUGAACCGCUUUAUCAAAAAUCAAUAUGUGCCUCUUAAGAUCUCGAGAGAGAGCAUGGCCCGAGAGGACACGAACCCUCCUGAAGAGCACAGCCCUAGUCCCGAACCUGCACUUAGUGCUGGGCAUGGCGCACGCCGGAAAUCCAUCUCGCCUCCUUUCGGCAGCUGUAGGAGCGAGAGUGCGCAUGCGGAUUUUGUACAGAACAUUCAUGCGGCAGAUAUGGAUAAGAUAGAGACAAGAUCAGAUUGGAGGCAGUUCAAGGUCGUCUUGGAACCGGCGACGUUUACGCAGGAAAAAUAUGACCUGUACUGCCAGUAUCAGCAAGAGAUCCAUCGAGUUCCUUCAUCGAUGCUGUCGCGAGAGUCCUUUGAUGGCAGUAUCACACGCACACCGCUCAUGACCGAAACUACGAUUCCAGAGCAUGAACGCCAUGGAUUUGUGGGCUUUGGCACGUACCAUCACUGUUACUACAUCGAUGGCAAGCUGGUGGCCGUGUCUGUCCUCGACAUCCUUCCUCGCUGCAUCUCAUCUGGCCAUUUUUAUUAUGAUCCCUCGCUGUCGACCUUGUCUCUCGGAAGAUACAGCACGUUGAGAGAGAUUGCGCUCGUGCAAGAGAUCAAAGCUAUCCCAGGAUUUGAGGCAAUGGAAUACUAUACCAUGGGACAUUAUGUAUCGUCUGCUCCCAAGACCCAUUUCAAGGCCACAUAUCACCCCUCUUACCUCCUGGACCCGGAAACCUACGGAUGGGUACCAUUCGAAAGAUGCAUCCACCUCCUGCAGUCGAAGCGUUAUUUCUCGUUUAGCGCAUCCGAACUCUUCAACCCCAGGGUCAAGGGACUCUUGAUCACCAUGGCCGCCGAAAAGAGAGCGCGUGAAAAGACGACGAGGGAAAAUUCAUCUGCGGCGACAACAGUGAAACCCACUGAGCACGAGCUGGCCGACUUUUGCCCAAUGGACACGGGAUCACCGACGGCGGGUAUUGAGGUAACAGACAUCCGUGAGCAGCACCAGGUACAGCCGCAGCAACAUGGCCACGGAUCAGGAUUGGUUAGCAAUGAUGAGGAAGGGUAUAGGAGCAGGAAGAGGCCUCAGGAUGGAUCGCCUGUGCCGUCAGAGUACACGCGUGGCGGCAAACGGCCAUCGUUGACGCCCCCUCCUCUCAUGUCCUCACUUCCACUCCCAGGCAUGAUGAACCCUGAUGAUGUAUCGGAGCAGGACCUAGCACAGCUCGUUUUGUUCAAGGGAGACAAGGCCAUGAUGCUUACGGAUUUUGAGGCCUUUAAGACUGACGAGAAGGUAUCGAAGGCUAUGCGGGAGUAUUAUGCUGCCGUCGGACCUAUCCUGGCGCCUAGGAUGCUUAUCUUUGCUCAGUAAAGGAUAGCCCCCCAUGCAAAGAUCAGCAUUCUAAUAAUAAUAAUAUUAAUAACAACGAUAAUACCAUGCAGGUCCCUUUACUGAUACAGCGCGAUUUUGGCCACAAGGCGCCUUUUAUUUAAGAACAA